AUGAAUACUAUCCACAAGUGUCCAGGAAUCGAAGUUACAGACCCCAAAAGUACAGCGAUGGGGAGUGGGAUGUGGUGGGCAGAAUAUAAGGAAGUUAGAGUAGAUUUAUUCACUGCUCCACUAGAUUGCUCGUUGGGACAUUGUGUUUCUCAAGAUCUGAAAAUGUCACGAGGCAUCGCUAAAAUAUUUAGGUAUAGUAUAGAUAAACAAGAUAAGAAUGUUUAUGAUGGUAAAGCUCACAAUUUCAGGCCAAAAUACGGCGGCCUGGAGGAGCUUCGGGCCCAACAUCUAGCUUCGGGAGGAGUCGGCGUCCUCAAACGUGAGGGUAGAUUGUUGUUCUACCUGCUUUUUACAUGGGAAGACGGUGCCGCACCGCCUGCUUACGCUGCGCCGGCUUCGCUGCUGUUGCGACGCGCGAUCGUUGUCCAGCGCGACGCGGCCGCUGGUGAGAAGAGGGACUACCGUUUGUUGCUGGGUGGCCGUUGUUGCUAG